GUGUUGAGUGCGCAUGCGCGCUGAUGGAGGUUCAGGGCUAAUCGGUCUGUGUUGAAUCGGAGCCUCUCCGCGACGCUGCGGCUCAAACUCCGCGGAUUACUCGGAAUUAUCGGACUGGUCGGGCAGGAUGGCGUCCGACACGCAGAGUUCCGGCUCCAAGGGGAUCAUGACGUUCCGCCCCACCAUGGAGGAGUUCAAGAACUUCAGCAGAUACGUGGCCUAUAUAGAGUCUCAGGGUGCACACAAGGCUGGGCUGGCUAAGAUCAUCCCUCCGAAAGAGUGGAAGCCCAGGCGUUCGUACGAUGACAUCGAUGACCUGUUGAUCCCGGCGCCCAUUCAGCAGGUUGUGACCGGCCAGUCAGGUCUGUUCACCCAGUACAACAUCCAGAAAAAGGCCAUGACUGUGAAGGAGUUCCGCAAAACAGCGAACAGUGAUAAGUUCUGCAGCCCUCGAUAUGACGACUUUGAAGAGCUGGAAAGAAAAUACUGGAAAAAUGUGACCUUCAAUCCUCCCAUCUAUGGGGCAGAUGUGAACGGCACACUUUAUGAUCCUGAUGUCGACGAAUGGAACGUAGGCCGCUUACACACCGUCCUGGACACGGUGGAGCACGACAGCGGCAUCACUAUAGAGGGAGUGAACACGCCCUACCUUUAUUUCGGCAUGUGGAAGACCACGUUCGCCUGGCACACGGAGGACAUGGACCUCUACAGCAUUAAUUACCUUCACUUUGGAGAACCGAAGUCCUGGUAUUGUGUGCCUCCAGAGCAUGGGAAGAGGUUGGAGCGUCUUGCCAAAGGAUUCUUUCCUGGAAGUUCACAGAACUGUGAAGCUUUUCUGAGGCACAAGAUGACUCUCAUAUCUCCGUCCAUUCUGAAGAAGUACGGCAUCCCAUUCGAAAAGAUCACUCAGGAGGCCGGAGAGUUUAUGAUUACGUUUCCGUACGGCUACCAUGCUGGCUUUAAUCACGGCUUUAACUGUGCUGAAUCUACCAACUUCGCCACACAGCGAUGGAUAGACUACGGAAAGCAAGCCGUUCUGUGCUCGUGUCGGAAAGACAUGGUGAAGAUCUCCAUGGACGUGUUUGUGAGGAAGUACCAGCCUGAGCGCUACGAGCUGUGGCUGGCAGGAAAGGACAAUGCGCCCAUUGACCACUCCAAGCCCACUCCCGAGGCGGCCGAGUUCAUGGGUGGAAAGGGAGGAGACUUCGGCCGGCAGGAGCCGAGCACAGAGAUCCACAGUAACGAAGGACAGAAGAAAAGUGUGGCCAAACAGAGGAUCGGUACGAAGAGGCAUCGCGUGUGCUUAGAAGUUCCAGAGGACGUCCUUCCUCCAGAUGAAGAGGCCAACUAUGGCAAGAAGGGUCGGCUGUCGCCCAGAGCAGAGCGCUGCAGAGAAGACUCAGACUCUACCGAGCAGCCGUCUGUGAAGAUGCCAGACAGCAGCAGGUGCCCCGUGCUCGGAGAGCGUGCCCAAAGCACAAGCUGCGUUAAAGCCGACAACACCUCUGUAACCUCAGCCCUCUCCUCAGUCUGUCUGCAGCCUCUCAGGAAAAACCACCUCUCCAUAGCAUCGGUGCCGACAGCCCCGCACUGCCUGUCCGCCCUGCCUUGGACCUCCUCCAAACCAGGUGUAGCCAGCUUGCUCUUCCACAGGACUUUAAGUCCAUCAGAUGCUUUGCAGGUCCACAGUUAUGCAGCAAGGACGACCGUCUGUAAGCCUCAAGCUCCGAGCACAGAGGACGGCUCGAAAUUUGACCUGGAGCUGGACACCAAACCAGACCUGAAGCCCAGUGUAGAGACACCAGCACUGGACACGGUGGAGCUGGAAAGCGAAGCCAAGAACGAAAACAAGAGCAUGAAGAGGAAGCUGCAGCCUAUCAGCAAGGUUCCCCCUUUGUCUCCGCUGCUCAAAGACAGUUCCAGUGAUGAAGAGCUGCAGGAGCAUCCUGAGCAUCCUGAACUGACCGAGCUGACCGAGCUGACUGAGCUGACUGAAGUGGAGGUGGACUCCCAGGAGACGGACCCCUGGGCCCGACUGCUGGCCCCUCUCUGGCAAGACAGAUUGCGUAGCUUCAAGGUUGAGAGGGAUUACAAUCGCCGCGUGGGUCUUCGGCCCCCGUACUGUGCAGUGUGCAGCCUCUUCCAUGCAUAUGAACAGAGUGAGCUGAACAGUUUGACCCAGGGCAGUACUACCACUGAGCAAAAACUCAAGACAAAGCCAUUAAUACCAGAGAUGUGCUUCACCGGCAGCUCAGAAGGACAGCUGUCCACUCCUCACCUGGAGCCGGAUGGCACCAGCCAGCUGGUCAGCUGCUCCAUGUGCAGCGUGCGCGUUCACACCAGUUGCUAUGGGGUGCCUCGAGAUACGAAUUUAGAAGGCUGGAGGUGUGCCCGCUGUGAGGCUAACGCUUUUACUCAGGACUGCUGUUUAUGUUCUUUAAGAGGAGGAGCCCUGCAGAGAACCAGCAAUGAUAAGUGGGUGCAUGUGUUAUGUGCAGUCGCGGUGUUGGAGGCGAGGUUUGUGAACAUUGCUGACCGCAGGCCUGUGGAUCUCAGUGGGAUUCCUUUGCAGAGGUUCAAACUGAAAUGUCAGUACUGCAGGAAAGGGAUGAAGAAAGCCACGGGGUGCUGCGUGCAGUGCUCCUACGGCCGCUGCUCCUCGUCCUUCCACGCCACGUGUGCUCAGGCCGCUGGAGUGCACAUGCACCCGGACGACUGGCCGUUCGUCGUCUUCUUCACCUGCUGGAAGCAUAAAGGCGGCACACAUGUGGAGCGUAAUAUGGCGUCUCUGCGGGAGCUGGAGGAGGGACAGAAAGUCAUCUGUAAACACAAAAACGGCCGAUACUAUGAGUGCGAGGUGGUGGAGCUCAUCAAAGCCACAUUCUACGAGGUCAUCUUUGACGACGGCUCCUUCAGCGACAAUCUCUUCCCGGAAGACAUAGUGAACAGAGACUGCGUAAAGCUGGGUCCUCCAGCAGAGGGCGACGUGGUGCAGGUGCGCUGGACAGACGGCCUAAUCUACGGCGGAAAGUUUGUCGCUGCUCACAUCAUUCCCAUGUACCAGGUGGAGUUUGAGGACGAGUCUCAGCUGACGGCAAAAAGAGAAGACGUGUACUGCCUGGACGAGGAGCUGCCCAAACGUGUCAGGGCACGACUGUCCGUGGCAUCUGACAUGCGUUUCAAAGGGGUCUUUGUAGAGAAGGAGGUCAAAAAGGACUCUAAAAGACAGCGGGUCAUCAACUCCCGCUACAGGGAGGACUAUAUCGAACCAACCAUCUACAGAGCCAUCAUGGAGUGACCUAUACAGCUGCAUUCACACCAAACCUACCCAAAACAUACCAAACCACCAGCCUGAUGUAGACCACAGCAGCACGGCCCUGGACCUGAAGCUUCAGUUUAUUUUUAUUUUUUAUUUUUUGGGGGGGAUUUAUCACUUUAAGCACACAGCGAAUCAUGUCAGUAAUUUGAAACAGUCAAAAAUCUCUAAAACAAAAGGAAUCUGCACACAAUUAUUAGUCACUGAUGCCGUAAAAAUACAAAAAAACAAGUAGCGAAGCUGCUUUUCAGGCUCCUCUCUUAAAAAUAAAGGUGCCGGAGGGGAUGCUGUUCAGGGUUUUAUCAGUGGAGAACCGUUCCAUUGCGUAGAGGUUCUUUAAACUUUGGUACAUCUGCCAAGGAACUAAAUGUGGUUCUAAUGUGGUGUCGCUCCAGAGAGCCCUUAUUGCCACCUUUGUUUUUAAGAGUGAUGCUCCCAGAGGACGUUUCACGUCUUAAAAAUCAAACUAGUCCGCAGAAAUUUACUAAAAAUAAGUGAGGACAUCAAAGAGUAGGAAGCCUGAAGCCUGAAGUUCUAACAGGCUGAAACGUUUGCUAAUAUUUUUCUCACUUUGCACCUCUGAGUAGGUUGCAACGUGAGGUGGGCAAUAUGACAAAGAUUUAUGGUAUCGUGAUAAAUUGUCACAAGAUAUGCUUUACUGAGUAUAUCGUGGAUAUCGUCUGCACGUUUCAUUACAUGGAGAGCUAAUUAGUCCUGUUUAACUGGAUUUAGUGCGGGAAUCUUAAAGAAAAAUAGAAAUGAAAUAAAAUACUGUACAUAUAUUUUCUAAUUAUUUUUUUAUCAAACUAAAAAAUUAAAUAUGCUGAUGGACAUCAUGUAAAAAUGUCUUGUAGUGUUGCUGUAUUUUGCCAUAUCGCCCACCUGACUCGCAACAAGGUGGCAAAAGGGUCACUUGGAGCGAAGCUACAGGACGGAGGCCUUCAAAUCCAGACCUCGCGUCCAGUUUGAUUUUGUAAUGAAAUUUUGUAAUCACUGGGAGGGAAGAUAUUAGAUGACCAGUUAGUUACAUUAUUUAUGAUCACCAUUAACUGAUAAAUCCAGAACCGGAUACUGGAUUCAAGGUCCAGAUUUGAAGACCACGCGAAAGAAAAACCACUUUUGGUUCUCUGAAGAAGAACCUUUUUAUUGUAAAUGAGAUGUGUUAAAGUUUAAACAACCCCCACAUAGUAUUAAGGUUCUCCAUCAAUUAAAGGCUUACUUAUGAACCAUAUGUUAACCAUUCAACCAAUUAAACAUUUAGGAUCCUUCAUUUUUUAUUCAGUUAUUAGUUUUACAUUAUGUGGAAGAAAAACACAAUGUCUGCACUAUUUUUGGGUUUUAUUUUAUUUUUUUUAGUUAAAAAUCUUCAAAACACACAAUUCACUCCCCUUUCCAUACAGCCUGUCAGUGUAAGUUAAGCUGCCUGUUUUUGUGAUGUCACAAAAACCAAGUCAUUUUCAACCAAGCCUCUUUUCAGCCUACAGCAGUUUGGCUCCACCCACUCACAUGAAGUUAUAAGGAGUGUUUCAGCCUGGACUGCUUUUUGAAUGAGGCACAAUACAAGGCAGCCAAUCAAAACAGAGCAUAUUUACAUAUAUCAGUCUUAAAGGCACAGUAACGAAACCAAAAACAGUCUAUUUCAUUGUAGGGGAUAAAAAGGUUAGAAAAUGAUCAUAUAAAAAUGAAUUCGGACUGUUUUUGGUACAUAAUACUAUGCAGAUGUUAGUGGAUUUCAGAGAUAACCGAAGAUUAAGAUAAAAGAAAGUGAUCGAUUAUGAUUAUGGGCCAUUUAAACUUGCGCAUCUCAUUGACAAAAUGGUUCGGUAACUCUUUAAUUGGACCCUGCUACGUAACAUCGACAUAACCACCCCAUAAACGCGUCAUAACGGAUUAUGUUCAGUAAUAUAACAGUGUCAUGUUACCAGUAACAGUAACUGUCAUGACAGAUGCUGUGAUGUUUGAUGUCAUGAUGGCUAAUUAGAGUACACAGCACAAAUUUGAUGUCAAGACAGCUGUGUCCAUGCUAUCAUUAUAACAUCUGUCACAAUUAGCAGUAAUUAUAACAGAACAUAUCAACCUCAGAUCUUCAUUUUUGUCGUUAUUCAGUUUUUGACAUCAUUUGAAAGUGACAGUUGUCCUUUACAUUGUUUGUACAUUUUGUGAUGAAUGGACCAAAAGAAACGGCCUAAAAUUACUUCAAAAACAUUCUGGUUCCAUUGACUUACAUUAAAAGUAAAGUAGGUUUUUUCCUUCUCCUGUAAAGUUACCAUUUUGGAGAUACGAGGUUUUGUUCAGACAACAGCGAUAUGCUUAGUUAUAUUAUUAUACACUAUACAUUAUAAAUUAUUAUUACAUUAUUGUUAUAUUUCUGAACAUAAUCUGUCUCAGUAUUUGAGUGCAUGUCCUGAUGGCCUGCUUAGGUCAGUGUUAUGUACCAGGGUUUGAAUAGUGUUACCAGUGGUUCUUUAAAGAACCAUCCCUCGCUCCAGAGAACCCUUCUGGCACCUUUAUUGUUAAACCAAGUGCACCUUUUCAUGAAUCUUUGCAUUUUUAAUGUCAUUGGUACUAAAUUAAUUGUGCCAGGUCCUUUAGUUUUAGAAUAAUUCGAGAAAAUCGCGCUGGACUCGUCCACCUUUCACUGCUGCAGCAGUUCUAGGCUCUCGAAACUGUCCCGAAACGCUCUCACUGUGAACAGCGAUGUCCUCGGCCCGGGUCACAGAUGGAAACCCCGCAUAGAAACAUGAACCUGCCUCAUGUUGUGUUCAAAUGUUUGUUUCUUUUUUUCCCCCUUCAGUGCUGGACACAGCUGACCGGUGCCCUGUCGGCUUUUUGGAAGCCUUUCUGGGUCGUUAUUAGUCAGAUGGUGGUUGUGGACACCCGUGCUUUUUAAUUACAGCUCUGCACAACAAAAUACAGAAGGAAUAUUUCAUCCAACAGCGCCAACAUCGCUAAAAAUGAAUGGAAAACAAUAGCGGUGUUAGCAUUUGGGUGAAGUAUCCCUUUUAAAUCUAUGCUCAGAUGUCUGUUGGCAUGGACGCGGCUCUCCUGCUGACUUUUUAAAGUCUUUUCAAAGUGCUCUGCAAUACAUGAAUCUCAUGGAUGAAUAUAAUAUUUGCCAGUUUGGAGCAGCUUUCACUGUGUAAUCUACUGUAAAGAUAGGGAGUUUUUUAGGAAGCUGUAGCCUUAUAUUCUCUGUUGCUUGUUUUUAUAGGAUUCAGCAAUCAAAUUCUGAGUUAGAUGUCGUCUUAAUUUAUAUCUGUUAAGGUUUAAGGACGGCUGUUUGACUCAUUACAUUUCUUGCGGUUCAAUUCUUGCUUUGUUUGUAAAAAGAUGUAUUUAAAUGUUAAGAAUUAUACUUUUUUGGUUGUUUUUCCCUUCAAUUUUCUACUCUUUUUAUGCUGUCAAUAGAUAGACAUGAGUUUUGGCAGUCAAAAUCAAUGCACUUAGACGUUUCCCCCUCCAUUUAUUGUGGUUUCUUUAGUAAAGCAGGGAAGAAGUGUAAGCAUCCGUUCAGAGAGCUGGGGAAAGUGCCUGGUUUUAAGGGUGUGGUCACUUCCGCACGUUGCUUAGUUCCUUCAUUAAAGCAGAUUGAGUUGAGUCUUUGGAA